GGACUGUGCCACGCUAAGAGGAAAGAAGCCUGGAAGUUCCUGCUGGGCUUCUUCCCCUGGGAGAGCACCGUGGAGGAGAGGAAGGUCCUGCACAGAGACAAAACUGAUGAGUAUUUCCGGAUGAAGCUGCAGUGGAAGUCUGUGAGUGAGCAACAGGAGAGGAGGAACUCUAAACUCAGAGACUGCAGGAGUCUGAUCGAGAAAGACGUAAACAGAACGGACAGAACCAACAGGUUCUACGAAGGCCUGGAUAACCCGGGUCUGGUUCUGCUGCAUGACAUCCUGAUGACCUACUGCAUGUACGACUUCGACCUGGGCUACGUGCAGGGGAUGAGCGACCUGCUGUCUCCUGUCCUCUACGUGAUGGAGAGCGAGGUGGACGCCUUCUGGUGUUUCGUCUCCUUCAUGGAUCAGAUGCACCAGAACUUUGAGGAGCAGAUGCAGGGUAUGAAGACUCAGCUGAUCCAGCUCAGCACUCUGCUCAGACUGCUCGACCUCUCCUUCUGGAACUACCUGGAGGCUCAGGACUCGGGUUACCUGUACUUCUGUUUCCGCUGGCUGCUGAUCAGAUUCAAGAGAGAGCUCAGCUUCCAGGACGUCCUCAGGCUCUGGGAGGUGAUGUGGACCGGGCUCCCCUGUCAGAACUUCCACCUGCUGCUGUGCUGUGCCAUCCUGGACUCAGAGAAGCAGAAGAUCAUGGAGGAGAACUACGGCUUCAACGAGAUCCUCAAGCACAUUAACGAGCUCUCCAUGAAGCUGGAAAUAGAAGAGAUCCUUCAGAAAGCCGAAGGCAUCGGUUUGCAGAUCAAGAGCUGCAAGGACCUCCCCGCCUCCAUCAGCUCCAUCCUGGGCUGGGACCCUCCGGCCCCCCCCCCGGCUCUCAGGACCCCCCAGAGAGGAGCCGCCUGCUCCAGCCCACUCUCCAGAGACAGCAGCGCUCAGAACGGCUGCUCACCGGCCUUCAUAUCAUAAGCACUGCCUCCAGAACAGCAGGACUGUCUAUACCACCACAGAAGAAGAGCAGGACUAUCUAUACCACCACAGAAGAAGAGCAGGACUGUCUAUACCACCACAGAAGAAGAGCAGGACUGUCUAUACCACCACAGAAGAAGAGCAGGA